ACCACGAAGUACUAUACAUUAAAAAUUCCUUUUCUUUGGGGAAUUUUAACUUUAAACGUAGUAUACACCAAGUUCUGUUCUUACAUACAAAAAAUAAAUUUUUUCACAUCUUCAUGGACAUACCAUAUCAUUUAUCACGCUUCUACGUAAUUGUACGCAGUACUGCUCACGGAUGAACUGGUAUAUAAUAAAUUAUUCCUAUACUUUUAAAUUUAAAUUUAAAUAGUUGUUGUGUAUAAUGUGUUUAGUAAACCUAAGAAUCUAUCUAUAUAUCAUCAAUUUUAAAACGAGUUAGAAAAUAUUUUUUUAUCAUUUCUACCACCUAUCUACGUAGCUUGUCCUUCGGUCAACAAUGUGAUCGCAAAUAGCUGGUAGGAGGGGCAUAAUAAUAUUAACAUCGAUGGUAUACCAGUAUCACGAUAUAGUAUGGUAUGGAUUAUAGACGACCCGAUUAAUAUUGUCUCCUGUAUAGUAUUAUAAAGUUGUGUUAGUACAAAUAUUGUCAGUGUUUAACAUAGUUAUAUUAUAAUAUUAUCACAGUAUAUUUGGCUAUACCUACACGUUAGAAAAAGUGCGAUUCAGCUCACAAAUUGGAAAUGAAAGUGACGUAUUCCUGGAUAAUAUAUUCAUGUUUAGUUUUCGGAUCCGGCAUUUUGUGUGAUAGAAAACUCAAAAGACGACAAGCUGUAUCUUGCUCAGUGAACACGGAUGAUAAGUUUUAUUGUACAAAUGGACUGUGUAUCGAAUGGUCGUGGGUUUGUGAUGGGCGUAAGGAUUGUUCAGAUGGUUUAGACGAGACCAACGAGUUGUGUGCUCUAUACGAAUAUGGAACAAAUAUGACCACAGGUUGUGGUAGACCAGUUGACAAAAACUCUGUAUUGAUCGACGAUGAUAAAAAAGGACUUAUUAAAGAAGUACCUUGGAGUGUUGGAAUAUAUUAUUAUACAAGAAUAUCAACAUAUCCUUUAGCUGGUUACCAAUUUUGCGAAGGAUCAAUUAUUGCUCCAAAUGUAGUAAUUUCUGUGGCUCAAUGUUUUUCUAAUGAAACAGGAUUUUUAUCUCAUAAAAUAUCAGUAAAAAAAGGUCGAUUCAGAAUUGCCAUCGGAAAAUAUGAUAGAAGUACUACAAUUGUUAAUAAUAAUCAAUUAUUGACUGAAAAAAUAAUCGACAAUGAUAAUCAAUUAAUGACUCAAAUAAUAAAAGUGGAUACAAUUUACGUGAACGAAGUUUAUAAUGGAGAAGACGGGUUUUAUGGUGAGAAUAUAGCUGUUAUUGUGUUAGAAAACAAAAUUUCGUUUAGCAAUGAUGUUGCACCUGUUUGUAUCGAUUGGAUUGGUAAAUAUAAGGUACACAAUGGAGAUAUAGGAAAGAUUUCCGUUUGGAGAAAAGAAGAAAAUGAGACACAAAAUCCUGUUUUAUUAGAAAGAUUUCUUCCAUUCAUCGAACCUAGUAAAUGUCGAAAAAAAAUUUCAACCAAAAAUCAACAACUUGUGUAUUUUGAUAAGUUUUGUACAACUUAUACAUUGGAACAAGGAGCAGGUUAUGAUAAUACAGGAGCAGGCAUAAGUUUUUUACACUCAAAUUCUUAUUUUUUAACCGGGGUAUUGACUUUCAUGGAUGAUCCCAAAGACGGUAUAUUUUCAGGUUUUACAGACCUUAAAUAUUAUGUUCAAUGGAUUCGUGGAAUCUUAAACAAACAUUUCAUUGAGAAUUCAUGCGUUUUGCCAAUUGUCGAAGGAGUUCUAUAUUCUUAUGAAGGUUCUAAUGAAAUUUUAUCUCAUGGGACAUUAAUUAAUCAUCACCGUACUAUUAUUGAGAAGUGUGAACUUGGAUAUCAUAUGGCUUAUCCUAUAGGUAUUAGAUUUUGUCAGGGAAAAGGAAAAUGGCUGUCGAAUACUGAGAAAUUAUGUUUCAAAAUGUGUCCACCUCUAAUAUCAGAUAGUUUAGAUAUUAAAUGUAGUCAUAAUGGUAAGUAUGCUAAUUGCUCAAAUUUAUCGAUACCCGAUACAAUAGCAACAGCAUCAUGCAAGCCAACAUUUACUGCACCGAAUGAACAAGAGAUUACACUUGAAUUGCUUUGUCAGUCUAAUGGACUGUGGAAUAAACAACUGUAUAGAUGCCAUCCAUAUUGCGGUAGAGUGUAUGUCAAAAACCACGCAUUGAUCGACAAUGGUGAUAAAGCACUUGUUGGAACGGCACCAUGGAAUGUUGGAAUAUAUCAAUUAAAUAAAACAGAUUAUAAUUAUGACAUGAUAUGUGGAGGAUCAAUUAUUUCUCAAAAUUUAAUCAUUUCUGCGGCUCAUUGUUUUUGGAAAAAAGGUAUGUUAUCUAAGAAUAUAUCAAUAACGGAUGGUCUAUACAAAAUUGGUGUAGGAAAAUAUAAUAGAAAUUUUACAAUAAUUGACAAUGAAUUUGCUCAAAUAAUAAAUGUGGAAAUGAUUCACCUGAAAGAAGGUUAUUAUGGAUCUACUGGGUUUCAUGCUGAAGAUAUAGCUAUUAUAGUGUUACAAAACGAAGUUUCUUUUAGUAAUGGUGUUUCACCAGUUUGUAUCGAUUGGAAUAGUAAAUACAAUGAAGUCAAUGGAGAUCAAGGAAAGAUUGUUGGUUGGGGAAAAACGGAAAAAGGCAUUUCAAGUCCUAUUUUAUUAGAAGCAUCUUUACCAUACAUCGACCAUAGUACUUGUCGAAAUAUGUUUACAAAUGGAUUUGAACUAUUUGUGACAGUUGAUAAGUUUUGUGCUGGUUCUACAUUGGUUUCAGGACAAGGAUUAGAUCAGGGAGAUAGUGGUAGUGGCUUAUGCUUUUUCCACUCUGGUUCCUAUUAUUUAACUGGAUUAGUGAGUAUCAAGGAUCCAAGCACAAAUAAUUCAAUCGCAGUUUUUACAGAAGUUAAGUACCACAUUCGAUGGAUUCGUGAACUGUUUAACAACUUUAAAUAAGUCCAAUGAUAUUGUGGUACCCAAUAUUAAUAAAAUAAUUUAUUCCAAUUGUAAUUUUAAAUCAAGAUUUGUAUAAAUAGGUUUUCACUUUUGUGUACACAUUUUUAAGAGUUUAUAUUAUAUACAUAUUCAUUUAAACUAAACAUAAUAUAUAAAAUGAAUGUCGUAAUACAUAGGUAGUAUCUAAGCUAAUUUUUUAUAGUUCAUACAAAUAUACAAUCGUUGAUUUAAUUCAAACAUAAUAUAUAGGUACGUAUUUAAGAAUUAUAUAUAUGUAUAAUUGACACAAUAUAUAUUGAAUACGAAAAGGUUUUUGCGUAUACCAAUAUUUUGCAUUGAACAUCCAUUGUUACCACAUAAUUAUUACUAGGUAUUGUCCAUUGUACAUUUGUACCUUUUUGAAAUAACUACAAGUUUUGAUAUAA